CGUAGGUUUUAUUCUAAAUACUUUCAGAGAGAAAUUUGGAAAAUGGACAAACCUAAAACAGCUCCGGUGAUUCAUGAUAGACCCAAGAUGCCUCGAGCAACAUGGGAAGCGCUGAGAAAUCAUAUUAUUACAGAGAGAAAGAGGAAACAGGAGGAAGAAGAGAAAACGGAAGAAUACGAAAGAUUGAAAAAGGAACGCGAGUACAGAAAGAAACAGGAAGCGACAAGCCUUGAGCAAACUAAAGAUCAGAUUUCUGAACUUGAGCGAAAACUGACUCAGCUGAAGGAUGAAAAACAUCAGCUCUUUCUCACGUUGAAGAAAGUGUUGAACGAGGAUGAGACUCGGCGACGAAAGGAGUCUGAUGAAAUGAACAUACUAUAUGGCGUAUCUACAAAUCCGCCAAUUAUGCCCUUAACCGGUCAUACCCCCCAUAACCAGCACAUUUACAUGAAUCCACAAUCCCGACAACCCAGUCAUUAUAUGAAACCACACCUGCCCGGUUUACCCGCCGGGGUUACGCAAAUUAAACGGCAGAGAAGUCCAUCUCCGCCACGCGCUCCCCUGCCGAAUGUAAACUCUGCCUAUUACCGGUCGGCGCCGAUGCUGGGGCGCAUUCCUGUCAGCUCUGUUUACGGUCAUCCUUCGGCGUCAUCGACCGGCGCUCCGACCUACGCGCUGAGUACUUCCAGCGGUGCGUAUCCGUUUGCUGUGACUCAGGGUAGCCGAGAAGAAGAUAGAAAACAGGUUUAUCUAUCCCAGCCGGGCCGAUAUAUUCAACAGCUUGACCCUGCCGGUCAAAAGCUUUCCUUUCCGUCGGACCGGGCAAGGAUUGGUCUAGCGCCGGUUUCCCAUGCCCAGGCCGUGGCAUUAAGCGCCAGUCGACCUUCAGGUUCUAUCAGUUCGGGAUUCCCACUGCGUAGUUCGGCGGCCAAUCUUGCGUCAGUGGCGAGUUCAAUGAUCAGCACCGCCCCGUCUAGGCUUGUUUAUACGCAGGCAGCAGCUCUAGCUGCUUCCCAACAACAGCAGCAGCAACAAGCGUCAUCUAGAUAUUAUCCUGGAGUUAGAGAAAACUGAUUAAUUAUAAUUACAUUAACACGUUUAACUCUCAACAUUAAAUACAAAUAUUUUAUUAAAAUUCUGAAAAUCUUUAAUGAUGAAGAAACUUAUUCGUCUUCAAACUUUUAUUUAAAAACAAAACAAUUUACAAAAAAAUCAAAAAUCACCCUUUCAUAUGUUGUUUUUGAGAGUUCAAUGUCAACAUGUUAAAUGUACAAAUAGUAAUUUAUAUGUUAUACUUUAAAAUGAUUCAAAUUCUUUAAAAUUGUUAAUUCCUACACAAUUUAAACAUUUCAAUUAUUAUUUGUCAAAUUUAUUCAGCUUAAUUGUGGAGGGAUUUUAAAAUUCUUCACACAUAUAUAUCAAACAAAUAUACGUUACGACAUUAAAAACGUAAAUAAUGACCAAUUAUUUAAUAUAGUUUAAACGUCUCACAAACAUGCUUGUAACUUUGUUCUAAAACUAAAUAUGUUUCUCUACAUAUUUCAGA